AUGGUUGCGAAUGCUUUGAUUCGACGUCAAGCGAUAUUCUUAGAAAGGGAUGAAUGGAAGACCAUUCCGUGGCUGCUCCAUCCAGAAAUGAAAACCAACGCAAGCAAGCUCAUCGACAUCGUUUCUGAUAUUCCUGGAAUCAUCCAGGAUACCGAUGACAUACUCGACAAGCGAUCGCAAUGGGUGUAUAAUGGACUUAAUAUCCCGCAAAAAGAAACUCUGACCACUGUUCACGAUCUGCAAUGUCGCUUAGAACAAGUUUUUUCGUGUCUUCAGAAUUGGCAACGAGAAUGGUCGACGGUGAAUGGCCCGAGUGCAUCACAAAUUCUACAAUGGGCUCUAUUUCGAGCAAAAGACGAUUAUUAUCGCCCUGGCAUUUUUGGCAUGCAAGGUCCUGACGCCUACGGCCUGAAUAUGGACAAUCAGACAGGCGUGAACAUUCCUUUUGCGAAAGUGGUUGGUAGCGGCGAGCCCGAACCGAACAUAGCCACGUUCAACUUCGGAAAAAUCUCAAAGGCGCGUCUGAAUCUGCGGAUGCUAUCGACUUUUAUAACUCCCCGUUUUACAUACAGUGCCGCUGCUACCAUGACAACCCAGGGCCGCUAA